GCCUGGAGCACGUUGGAGCAGCAGACACAAAAGACCCUGCUCUUCCUUUUCCUUUGCAGGAAUCUCGUGCAUCAGGAGGCUUGCAAAAAUUACUAUUAUUAUUAUUAUUUUAAAAAAUUGGGGAAAACUUAUCAUAAUCACCCAGCUUAUCUGGUUGCAUCGAUGAUGAAUAACCUCACCGCUGCAAAGCACUGCUUGGUGCUGAACGAUGGCAAUCGUAUGCCAGUCAUUGGAUUGGGGACUUAUGCAGAUCCCAAACAGACGCCCAAAGGCACUUGUGCAGAAUCUGUGAAAAUUGCCAUUGAUGCAGGUUACCGCCAUAUUGAUGGUGCCUUUGUGUAUUACAACGAACAUGAAGUGGGACAGGCAAUUCGGGAGAAAAUUGCUGAAGGAAAAGUCAAGCGUGAAGACAUAUUUUACUGCGGCAAAUUAUGGAACACAUGUCACCCACCAGACCUGGUGCGUCCAACUCUGGAGAAGACAUUAAAGACUUUACAGCUUGACUAUGUUGAUCUCUACAUCAUUGAACUGCCAAUGGCUUUUAAGCCUGGUGAGGUCAUAUUCCCUAUGGAUGAAAAUGGGAAAUGGCUGUACCAUGAGACAGACUUAUGCGCCACUUGGGAGGCUUUGGAAGCAUGUAAAGAUGCAGGGCUGGCAAAAUCCAUUGGCGUGUCCAACUUCAACCGUAGACAACUGGAGAUGAUUCUGAACAAACCAGGUCUGAAGUACAAACCUGUUAGCAACCAGAUUGAGUGCCACCCAUAUUUCACCCAAUCCAAACUUUUAGAAUUUUGCAAACAGCACAACAUUGUUCUUGUUGGAUACAGCCCUCUGGGAACUUCAAGAGAUGCAAGCUGGGUAAAUGUGUCUUCACCUCCACUCCUGGAUGACCUUGUUCUGAAUGCCAUUGGAGAAAAAUACAACAAGACAGCAGCUCAAGUGGCACUCCGCUUCAACAUCCAGCGAGGAGUGGCAGUCAUUCCCAAAAGUUUCAACCCAGAACGUAUUAGAGAAAACUUCCAGAUCUUUGACUUUUCCCUCACCGACAAAGAAAUGAAGGAAAUAGAAGCUCUGCAUAAAAACAUCCGCUAUGUAGAGCUGUUGAUGUGGAAAGACCAUCCUGAGUACCCUUUUCAUGAGGAGUACUGAAAAUAAGAUGUACCCAAGAGUGGAUUUAAUCUUAGUAGUAAUUGUUUGUUACUUCAAAAUUUUUGUAUUUAGCAACAGUAAUAUUUUACUCUUUCUCUAGUUAACAUAGGGUUCUUAGAAAAGUUACUCCUUGGGUUUACCUCCAGCUCCCAGACCCCC